GUUGAAUCUACGACGGCUAACGGCGGCUAGCAGCAAAACAUCUCCCUCUCUCUCUCUAGUUCUUGAUCCUCAGCUCAAGAUCUCCAUUUUCGUUCCUUACUUCUCUUAAUCAAAACCAGAACUGUUCACCCAAUUUCCGUCUCUAUCCCCAACGAUUCAAUCGCACCCAAAAGACUCUCGUCGAGUCGUCGUCGUUUCUCAAGUGAAAGUUUUGAGUUUUUCCAUGUGAUGAUUGUAGAGGAAGUACGGACGCCGGAGCCAAGUCAUGAAAGAUAGUGGCUACUCAGACUCCGACGAGGAUUCUUUAUCCCAUGGGAGCUCUCAAGACAUGUUCACUUUCGACCCAUUAAAAUCCCUAGGUUUUGAAGCGAGUUCGUCCCGAAACAUUAGCGGCGAUCUCGAGAGUGGUCAUGGGAAUUUCAAGAAAUUGAAGCAGGCGAAAAAUGUGAAACCCAAUGGUGCAAAUCUUAGUACAGUUGAUGAGAUUAAUUUUGCUAUAGAUGGAUUAAGGUCAGGCCAGUCUCUUCGAAUUCGCAGGACAAGUUUACUGUCAUUGUUAUCUAUUUGUAGCACAAUUCAGCAGCGACGGUCGCUAAGAUCACAUGGGAUGGCGAAAACAAUGAUUGAUUCCAUUUUAGGAAUCAACCUUGAUGAUCCUCACUGUAAUCUGGCAGCAGCAGCUCUGUUCCAUGUCUUGACUAGUGAUGACAAGAACGAUCGAAUUUUGGACUCACCAAGUUCUAUCCGUUUUCUGAUAAAAUUGUUGAAACAACAUUCCUCCGGUCCUGGUAAAAGCCAAUCAUUGAGUAUAGGAAAUAGAAUUCUAGCAGUUGGGAGUAAAGGAGAUGAUUCUACUUCCAGUGCAAUUGUGCAAAAGGUUGAGGAGAUUCUUGAUGCAAUAAAUUCAAGCAAUGGAAAUGUGCACGCGAUUAGAAAACUCGAACAGAGAGCAAAAUGGAUAGCUUUGUUGACAAUGGAGAAAGCAUGCUUAUCGACAAUUUCUACAGAAGAUGCCACCAUCUCUGGGAGGAAGUCUGGAGGCAACUUCAAGGAAAAGUUACGCGAGUUUGGUGGACUUGACGCAGUAUUUGAGAUCACUCGAGAUUGUCAUUCCAUUUUGGAGAGGUGGUUAAAGCAAGCUUCUUCCAAGAAUCAAGAAUUAAAAGAAAAUGCUGAUCCUGAAAGUCUUCUUCUUCUAUUGCAAUGUCUUAAAGUUGUUGAAAAUGCUACUAUCUUUAGUAAGAACAAUCAGGAUCAUCUGCUUGGAUUGAGAGGGAGCUUUACCCAUCCAAAGUCUCCUGAAUCUUUCAUAAAGCUCAUUAUAAGUGCUAUCGGGAUUCUCUCAGGUCUCUCUUUGUUGAAGAAUUCCAUGGAUUCUGAGAGCCUGAAUGCUCCUUUUGCUUGGAUUCAAACUGACGAUGUUCCUUCUACAACAGAUAACCGAGACUGCACAGCAAUAUCAAGGAAGAAAUUUGGAAUACCUGAAAGUACUCGAUGGUUACCAGCUCGGUGCUCAGGGAAGACUAAAUCAACUUCUAAUUCUUCUGAAUAUGAAAAGUCCGAACUUGUAGAAGGCUCCCAGGAUCCUUUUGCUUUUGAUGAUCUUGAAUUUAAACCAUCCAAAUGGGAAGGAGAAUCCCGAGGGCAGGUAGUUAAAAAAAAUCAAAACGGCACAAAAAGGCGCAGCAGAAAUGGACAUAACCAAGUGAAACUAGAUAACCAUGGAAACGAUCAUCCUGAUGUGUCAAGUUCAUCUGCCCAACCGAAAUUAGGUAACCAGGGAAAUGGUCAUCCUGAUGUAUCAAGUUCAUCUGCUUUUGAUGAGGAAACUCAAAACCUUUUAGCCGAUUGCCUCCUUGAUGCUGUCAAGGCAUUGAUGAAUGUGACAAACGAGAACCCCCUAGGAUGUAGUCAAAUUGCUGCAAACGGUGGACUGGAGAUCCUAGCAUUGUUGCUUGCUGGACAUUUUCCAUUGUUUACAUCUUCUGCACAUUUAUUUGCGGACACUAGUGAGAACACAUCGUUGACUGUGGAGGAUGGCUCGAAGAUCGACAAGCACCUAUCUGAACAAGAGUUGAAUCUUCUUGUGGCAAUUCUGGGGCUGCUUGUUAAUCUAGUAGAAAAAGAUGGCCACAACAGAAUGAGACUGGCUGCGGCUGUAAUUCCAUUGCCCUCUAGAUUGAAAAGAGUGGGAAAGAAGAAAACGCAUGGGAAUGUAGUUCCAUUACUAUGCUCCGUCUUCUUGGAAAACCAGGGGGCGGGUGAGGCAGCUGAAGAAGGAAAGGCUGCUGCUAUCAAUUGGGAUGAUGAAGAAGCUUUCUUGCAAGGAGAGAAAGAAGCUGAGAUGAUGAUUGUAGAAGCUUAUGCUGCUCUUCUUCUUGCUUUUCUUUCUACUCAAAGCAAGGAGAUACGGAAUUCUAUCGUCAAAUGUCUUCCAGAUAACAACUUGGCUGUUCUUGUCCCGGUUUUAGAGAGAUUUGUGGAGUUCCAUAUGAUGUUGAACGUAAUCUCGGCGGAGACUCACGCUGCUGUUCUUGAAGUAAUUGAAUCGUGUCGAAAAUGAUGACUGUGAGUGUCUGUCUGUGUAAAGAAUCGACUCGGUUUUAUCGUCACAGUUGUGUUUUAGAUAUAAUACUUAGCUUUUAGCCUAUUAUGCCAAUAGGAAAAAGAACCACAUGUCCAAUGUAUAGUCGUGUUCUGCCCUAGCUUCCUAUUUUUCUUUUUUAAAAUAGUACAACUGUUACAUUUUCGAAUUACACAUUUGGGAUUUUCUUAAUCCCCGCCGGACCAAAUUACACAACAGUUUAUUUUUGUUA